AUGGCUGAAACGGCCCACGCUAUCCGACGUCGCCCAGUUCCUGAACCGUUCUAUGUCGCCAUGCCGCAAAGUCAUUAUGGGAAUCCGGGUGAGACUGCCGUUGCUCAAAUGAACGCUGCCAACAUAAAUGCGGGGAUCCGUGCAAAUCAUCAGUUUGCGACUCAGCGUGCGGGUGGAACAGGUUACGGGACAAUCAUACAAUGGGAUAUGUACAAUGAGCGGGAGAAUCCACCCUACAGCAUAGCGCUGCAUGAGUUGGGGCUAUCGCGCCAGAAGUUCGACGUGAUAUGCCAUAAAUUACGCUUCACGUAUGAUAAUGGGCGAAAGGACAUCAAUUGGAUCGCAACGAUAAUCUUUGGAAUAGGUCUUUUACCUUGCGCACUCUGUAUGCUUCCUUGCGGCAUGUUUCCAAUCAGGGACGAGCAUAAGGUCGCGCAACCUAUGGCCAUAUUGAUAUCCAGGAUCAAUCGUGAGCUGCAGGCUGAUGCGGUACCUAUAGAAUUGGCGUUCAAAGUUCAUAUGCAACUCAGACCGGUCUUACAUGAGGUCACUUUUCAUCACUCACCUCUGUGA